AUGAGGGUCCGCUACUACUUCCUUGGCGCAUUCGUGCUACUUGUGCUAUUCUCUUCUUACAUGGGACUUCUACCGCAUAGCACAUCGAGCAGUGUCCCAGCCAACUUGCAACCCAACGACAAAUUCCUGCAUUUCAUAACUUUCUUCCUGCUGUCCCUCACAUUCUACUGGAUCCCCGAUACGUCGCGCCGAAGAGCUCUCCAAGCAAGCCUGCUAGUCUGCACGCUCGGUCUCGGAAUCGGGUCCGAGAUAGUGCAAGCUCUCCUCCCAAAUGACCGGCUCUUUGAUCCCUUCGACAUCGUCGCCAAUAUCGUCGGCAGCGUCGGAGCUAUUAGUAUCUGCGGCUGGUAUCAUCGACGCAUGUUGGAGAGACGACGCAAAGCACGCUUUGGAUCGGUAGAGGAUGAUGCCGCUGGAGAGCCAGGGAACAGCGACGAUAUUGAGUUGGGCCUCAGCGCUAACGGUGCAAACCAUGGCCAUGAUAACGAUAGCAUGGGCCCUCAAGAGACUGGUGUCGUUGCUACAAAUCUCGAGCAAGAAGUCGAUAACUGGGAUGAGAAUGCGGUCGAUAGCUGGGAUACUGAAGAUGGACCCGGUCCUGUUGAAGAAACGAUAGAGAACGGUAAUGUGAAAAUGAGGAAUGACUGA